AUGUUUACAACAGCAUCAAAGAUUACCCACAACCCUCCUCUCGAUCGCCGCUACCGUCGUAUCUACAACGCGGACGAGGUGGCAAGUGUAGAAGACUACCCGUUCCUGGCAGCGCUGCUUGUCAACAAACAGCUGUGGUGCGGAGGCGUCAUCAUUGACUCGGACAAGAUCUUAACUGCUGCACAUUGUUUACAGUUGCAGUACAAUAACCGUUUUUUCCGUGAAUACGUCAAAAUGUUAUCAGUCCGAAUCGGCUCCUCAAACGCGACCGCUGGUGGCGAAGUUUACAGAGUGACAGAAAUCUUCUUCCAUCCCAACUAUAAACCAAAGACUUUGGAAUUCAAUUUCGCUGUAUUAGGCUUACAUAAAAACAUAUCGUAUGACAAGGAAGACUUGAAAGUUUUGAAGAUAGCUUACUCCACCGAUAGAAAUGUGCCAACCGAUGCCAAAAUUACUUUUCUUGGAUGGGGUUCAGUAUUGAGUUCAAGUGGACUCGGGGGCCAAGUGUUGCUACAGAAGUUGGAUUUGCCUAUCUACGACCUUGCGGACUGUCAGGAAAUAUACGGACGAAAUCUUGUCACGAGAACUAAUUUCUGUGCAGGAUUCAUAACACUCGCCAAGAACGUUUGUAAUCACGAUGCCGGCGGACCAGCGGUAAUGAACGGACAGUUGGUCGGCAUUCUGUCGUUCUCGUCGAAGCGGUGCGACACGGUGGACCAGCCAGCAGUGUUCUCGGCCGUCGGGGCUAUAGCACCGUGGCUAGAAACUCUUGGAGAAAAGCAGACAAAUUCAGCAAUCAAGACGCCCGAUUGAAUUUCAAUUGGAAUAAAACAAGAGUAUUACAUUAGCAAUAUAUUUUCUCUAAUACUGUACACAGACAAUGAGACUAUUCAUAACAAGAAAAAAAAAUAAAAACGUUUGAAAU